UGUCUUUUAUGAUGUCAGACUGUAAGGAUCGAAUGAGGUGACGAAGUGGCAUGCUUUAAAACUUUCACAGAGAUGAGAUAGUUCGCCCUUGGUUUCUGGUGAGUCAACUGCUCCGAAGAAGCCGAAUUCAGAUUUGCAUGUAAGACUCGAUAUCCAUUCUGAGGAAUGAUGUGCAAGCUUUCCCACCGCUUCAGCUUCUGGCGUUACGAUAUACUGCUCGUGUUGUACCCAGGGAUGAUCGUAUGAGCUCGUAUCCCACGCUUCCCGCAAGAUGACGUCUUGCAGAGCAUUUUCAGUAAUAAGAAAGGCACAUGAUCAGAUUUGACUUCAGUAACUUAUCAGAACAUAGGAGAAACAUGACUUGAAGCAAAGAAAACGGAAGCCGUAGUCCAUACGAUUUAUUACACUCAGAAUCUUCUCUCAUUGAUCUUCCAACAACAAGACCUUGUGGGCCACUGCUCUCGGCUUCGUGACCCCGGCAACUCACGGGCAGGGCUAGUCAUUAGUCAUGCAGCGGGGUAAAAACGUCGCACCUCAGACCCUUCUUAGUGGUAGGUAGUUGAAUAAGGGCUUUUUCGAUAUCACACGUCAAAAACACAAGUCUUCGUGGCUCAGUUGGUUAGAGCGUUGGUCUCAUAUGCUAAAUAUGAUCUGAUUGUUUACAGUCAGGGCCAUCCAAAGGUCGAGAGUUCGAGUCUCUCCGAGGACAAAAUCUUCUUUUGGAUUUUUUUUUUUGGAUUUGUGUUCUUCGUAGAGGACUGGCCAAGAAUAAUCUCAAGGCUAUUCUUUUGGCCAACAUUUAAUAAAUAAGAGUACGAAGUUUCAUCUGAUACAUAUGCGCUCAAGCCUAUCUGAUCCUAUCAUAUGUUCGUGGCUCCGGGCCAAGUAACUCUGCUUGUUUACAACAUGGGACUUCAGCUCGCUUACUACACUUCCACGAAGGUAGCCUGAGAUUGCAGUGCGAUGUUGUUCGUGAAGAACCUGCCCAAGUCAAGGCAUUCAGUUAACAGUGGCAGCUACAUGUGUCAUAUUCUCCCUGAAUGAUAAGGUGCAUUGAGGACCAAAUCUCGUCAUGUGUACCUCAUGUGACCUCAUCCCCGGUUCUACAACGUGAACUUCCUCCACAUUUCAGCUUCAUCGACGUCACCACGCAACGAAACCAACACCCCAGCACCCCGCACUUCUGCAACCACUUCAUCCAUCUCACAUCAUCACAUCGCAUUCGUUCAUAACAUUUCAGAUGUCAAAACGCGGGGGGCCGAAGGCUGCCGCUUUUGAGAGUGCUGGAGUGCAAUAGCCCAUGCAUCACCCUCAGGACACAUCGAUUCGUAUUAUGAUUAGAAAAUCGGUGGUCUGCGGCCCACCAGCCCAUGAGUAUCAGCUAUAGAGUGUCACUAUGACCGUGAAGAUGAGUGUUAACUUGAUCUCGUGUGUCAAGUAACUCGAUUGAUGGGGCGACUGAGAGGGACCUUAUCCAGGUCCUCAGAUAUCGAAAAGGGAAGCAUCACGAGCUGCGCGCCUUUCUUGGUCCCUGCCAACUCUUUCACGACGCAUUCCGGAAAAAGCACAUCUAUGAUUGGCUACUUAAUUUACAAGCAUCGCAGAUCUGAGGCUCAAAGCAGCCCAGCCGGACUAUUCGUUACGAGGUGCAAGGUCAACAUCAAAUCACUCACAAAGGCAGCACCCACCCACAGAAAAUACCGCCGAGGCUACCUCAUCAUACAUAUAUGUCGCCUCCAGGAGCGUACUCCGCAUCCACAUCUCACCUGCAUGCGAAUGUUUGGUGUGGGAUUGGAAUGGGCAUUUAUGGAGUUGCUGAGACAUACGUCAUAACAUUUUCCCAUCGCCCCGCCGAUUUUUGACGUACCCGGAGCAAAAAGCUAUCUACUGCACGAAAUCUGCGAGUACAUGACAUUCAAAUCAAAGCUAAGUAGGCUGCAGAUUUACUUUGCAGAUCUCUCACGUCAAAUCAAGUAGAUUGGGGUUGUUGGACUUCAAUCUUCGGAUUAUGCGGAUCUCGCCCCACCGAUCAUGAUACCAUCAAUUUUAGUAUCUAACUGGUACUUUUCACUGGCAAUGAAGCUCAAAUCCAUUCAAUAAUGACAGAGCAGAAGAUUCGAUCAUUUCGAUCUUUCUAGAUGUCAUAAUAUAAAUCUUCAAACCGCUCAAGUCAGUCCAUCAAAUGGCACGCGACCGGCUUCAGGCGGCGUUGCUGUGCCGUUGAACCCGUCACUUCGAAGACGAACUAAGCUUCUAGCAAGGCUACUAAGCAUUUCCGGCCGGCCUUGACCAAAGCUUCCUCGAUCUCCAAGGGAGGCCUACACCCUCUCGUUCGUUAUAUGACGUAUUCCGAGGUGUUGGUACCACAGUUGUGGACUCCUCGGUUGCUGUGGGCUCAAAUGUCAUGAGCGAGCUUCCCACCAACAGCCUUAUCUUUAAAGAAUCCCAUUUCCUUUUACCAUCUACCCUAUUUACUCUCCACAUAGUCUUUUUUGAGUACCAGCCGGCGUGGUGUUAGUCGAAAAUUGAAAGAUUUUUUUGUGGUGGAUCCCACAUGUAUUUCGAUUUAUUCUGAAAGUUUGCUAACAGAGAUAAUCUUGUCUCGAGAUCUUCAGUUCACACACCAUGGAGAAUCCUGGAGAGAAGAGCGCUCAAGCAGCACCAAUUCACGACCCACACGGCGAAACGAUGAACGAAAAGAGAAUUAACGAAUCGGAAACUUCAUCCACAACCAGAGCGGAGCAAGACACACCACCUACAGAGAAAGCCGAAGAUGUUGCACCCCGUGAAUCUCAUCACCCUCGAUUUGGAGAGAAUCAAGUGUUCAUGCCACCAACAAACGGUUCCGGUGGUGCAGACGACCUUCCAAAUGCCAAAAAGGUUGGCACAUACGACAAGAUAGAGCUUACGGAGGACAUGUGCUAUGAUGAGCUCGGAUACUCAUUCACGGAGAGAAAGAAAUGGACUAUCCUUACCAUCAUCUUCCUCGUCCAAGUAUCCAUGAACUUCAAUACCAGUCUCUACUCCAAUGCCAUCCCAGGAAUAACGGAGAAGUUUAAUGUUAGCUCUCAAGCAGCAAGAUGUGGUGCUAUGAUCUUCUUGGUCCUUUAUGCCUUUGGAUGCGAGCUUUGGGCUCCCUGGAGUGAGGAACUCGGACGAUGGCCUAUCCUCCAGCUCAGUUUGCUGCUCGUUAAUAUCUGGCAGCUUCCUGUGGCUCUGGCACCAAAUUUCGGUACCAUCUUGGUUGGCAGAGCUCUUGGUGGUAUUUCCUCUGCUGGUGGAUCAGUCACACUUGGAAUGAUUGCAGACAUGUGGGAAGCCGACAACCAACAAUACGCAGUCGCAUUCGUUGUAUUCUCCUCCGUCGGUGGUUCCAUUUUAGGUCCCAUCGUUGGUGGAUUCAGUGAAGAGUAUCUUGGCUGGCGAUGGUCCAUCUGGAUCCAACUUAUUUUCGGAGGAUUCGUUCAAGCACUUCACUUCUUCUUCGUCCCCGAAACCAGAUCAACUAUAAUGAUGGACAGAAUUGCCAAGAAGAGACGCAAGAAUGGCGUCGAGACGAAUAUCUAUGGACCCAACGAGCUCGUACCAUUCAAAGAUCGAUUCUCCGCCAAGGAAAUCCUGGUCACAUGGAUCCGACCAUUCAAGAUGUUCUUGACUGAGCCUAUUGUCCUCACACUGUCGCUUCUCAGUGGUUUCAGUGACGCUCUGAUCUUCAUGUUCAUCCAAUCUUUCUCCUUGGUGUACGACCAAUGGCAUUUCAGCACUGUUGCCCUUGGUUUGGCUUUCAUUCCUAUCGGAAUUGGAUAUGUCCUUGCAUGGCUCUCGUUCAUCCCAGUCAUCAAACGGAAUAUCAAAGAGCGACAAGAAAAGCCAGAUGAUGAGAGAGUACAGUACGAGUCUCGCCUCUGGUGGCUCUUGUACACUGCUCCAUGUCUCCCGAUCGGCUUGAUUGGAUUUGCUUGGACAUCAACUGGCCCACCAAUCCACUGGAUAGGAACCAUGGUCUUCGCAGCUAUUGUUGGUAUUGCUAACUACAGCAUCUACAUGGCAACUAUCGAUUACAUGAUCUGUGCAUAUGGCCCAUACUCCGCCUCAGCAACAGGAGGAAACGGCUGGUCCAGAGAUUUCCUCGCUGGUGUCCUCACUAUCCCAGCAACACCAUUCUUCCAAAACAUCGGCAGCAAUCCCCUCGCCUACGCAUCCACAAUCCUCGCCUGUAUCUCUUUCCUCCUCGUCCUGGCAGUCUACGUUAUCUACUGGAAAGGACCUGUUCUUCGCAAACGUUCACCCUUCGCCCAACAGCUGUCCGAUGCUCGCAACGAUCAAGAGACUCUCGGCCGUCGGCUGUCCAAGAUUCCGUCUGAGAGUCAGAGAAGAGCGAGUGCUGUGAGAGCCAACUCUUAUGUUAGAUCGCAGCAGGAUCUCAGAACGAGACAUGCGUUGGGAAGUCGUCAGCAGAGUUAUGCUGGACAGGCUACGCCGAAUAGGACCCCAAAUAGGACGCCGGCUGCUAGUCGAAAGAAUAGUUUGGCUGGUCAAGGGAAGAAGACGGCUGGACACGGAGAGUUGUAGGAUGGGAAAUAUGUGCAGUAUUUUGUAGUUAUUAGCGGCAUCGUAUAUGAAAUAAUACAUCCCAACACAAGA